GAAAACAAUCAACCACGUGUGGCUUGAUACUAGUAAAUGAGGGAUUUCGGCGGGAUUGUGCAGCCAGCUCAGGCAGCUUGGAAGUGGUAAGCACUGCAGAUACAUGCUAAUAUUAGGUAAAUAGUGCUACAGAAUGAUUUCGCAGUCACAGCGUGCGCUCGCUGCGCGGGCCUCAGCCUCGCAGCAGACGACACGCGCGAGCACGGUGACCAUUCCAGUGCGCGCGGCCGGCUCUGCUGCACCCGUGCUGCCGCCUCGGGCGCCCUGCCGCAGCCCCACUGCCAACACCCCCCGCCGCUGGACGCACACGCCCGCCGCUCUGCCGAACCGGCGUCAGAUGCGGCAACAAGUGCUGGAAAGCGAGACGGAGGAGGAGGAGACGGAGGAGAGCGAGGCCCUGGCGGCGGCGGAGACGGCGGCGGCCAAGCAGGGGGAAGCAAAGGCUGAGCGGGAAGAGGUGGUUUCAGCGGGCGGAGAGAAGACCGCGGCAGCGGCCGCGCCCGAGGCUGCUGCUGCAGCGGCGGCGGAGGGCGGGGAGAUGGCGACGGCGGCGCCGGCUGUGGCCGAGACGGUGGCGGUGGCGCCGGCUGCCAAGAAGCCUCAGACGGUGGUGGUGACGGAGGUGGAGGAGAUGGAGGUGGAGCAAAUCAUCGAGCCGCUCACAUUCCAGUCGGCUGCACGGAACACGCAGUCCUUCCUCACCACCACACUGCCGGGCAAGCUGGUCCUGGGCGCGGUGGCUGCUGCGCUGCUGGGGUCCAUCGGCCUGGCCGUGUACCGGACCUACGAGAAGGCCAACACGGCCCGGGCCAAGCGCAUGCGCCAGAUCGACCGCAACCGGGAGCUGGUGGAUGGGCUGAACAAGUUCCUGCUGGCGGGCAACCGGGCGGGACUCACGCCCACAGAGCUCAAGCGGCUGCAGCGGGCCAGUGGCUUCACGGCGGUGGAGGUGUUCCGCAAGUACCUGUGGUACCUGCUGCGCGAGCGCAAGUUCGACCAGGGCGCAGUGGAGGACCUGGUUGCGCUCAAGACGGGUCUGGGUCUGACGGACGGUGACGCGGGCGAGGCGCUGCGCGAGCGCUCGGCGCGUGUGUACGACAAGUACGGCACGCUCAUGCUCAACACGGAGGGCCUGACGCUGUCGGGCGCGCAGCGAAAGGCCACCUGCAUGGCGCUGUUCCGCAAGGUGCUCUACCUGGCGGAGUGCGAGCGGCUGGUGGGGCAGGGCGCGGAGUCGGAGGGCGGCGCCGGCAAUGUGGCGGAUAUCGGCAAGAUCUUUGGCGCCACGCGGGAGGACAUGGACCGGCUCCGGAUCAAGAACCUGUACGAGGCGGAACUUGACCUGGAGGGCAUGGUGAUGGACACCGCAGAUGAGGCGGAUGAGGUGGCGCCGGGCUCGGCAGCGCCAGGGGGGAAGCAGCAGCAGGAGGGCAAGGGCAGCGACGGGGCAGGCGACGCUAAGAAGCAGUGAGGAGUGAGCGUCGUAACAUGGGGGGGUGUUGAAGUGGGCUUGAGGCGUGGUGUAAGUUUGUUGUGAUGCUUUGAGUGGCCAGUGGAGCUGAACGCGUCUUGUCGGCAGAUGGAAAGGGGCGGGGGCAGCAGAAGGGAGUGUCGGCAAGGGGAGUCCUCUGGCGGAUUCCUUGUGAAGCGCUGCAAAGCGACCAGUAACGGCGGUUUCCAGGAUGUAGGGUGUAGGAAGCGGCACUGCUCGGGUCGUGUUCAAGAGAGAGCUCGGGACGUUGAGGACUAGGGCGGAGGCUUAAGUAGAUGACCAAGGACGUCUGAACACGGAUUGCGUGCACCGCUGAUGUUGGGGUUCUUCACAGGAUCUGUGGUUUGUGAUCUUAUAACUAUGGUCCUGUCAAUAGUCGCCAUACUGUCCUUGAGUAAUAGAUAAUGGUUUGAGCCUGAGCGGAGACGGGCGAUCUCAUGAUACGGUGGACGUGCCGGCAAGCGGCGGUUCAGGGGGACCGGUAUUGCGGCCGAGCCCUUCCUUUUGAGAUGGGCCUUAACCCGCCGCAGGCAGGCACCAUGUGCAAAGUCGACACACAUGC